AUCGUUUGCAUGCUGCGACUCAUCAUUUGCUGUUGUUCUGUUGCAUGAACAGCUCUUCGCAGCACCGCUGCAGACUCUGAUUGGUCGGGGAGUCACAGAGAGGAAGUGCAGCGCAGCUUUCUCCAAAACCUUGGAUCUGGUGGUUCCAAAUGCUCUGACAUAGUCUUUUAGGUUAGGAAAGAAAGAAGAGGAAAUAUGUCUGGCCCACCACCACCGCCCCCUCCUGGCCCUCCUCCAACCUUUUCACAGGCAAACACAGAGAAGCCAAACCUGAGCAGAGGUGAGAAGCAAGGAAGAAACGCUUUACUUUCAGAUAUCAGCAAAGGAGCUCGACUGAAGAAAGCCGUCACCAAUGAUCGGAGUGCCCCAGUGCUGGACAAGCCCAAAGGAGGCGGAGGAGGUGGAGGAGGAGGAGGAGGAGGAGGAGGAGGAGGAGGAGGAGGAGGUGGAGGUGGAGCUCCAGGUGGACUAGGUGGGCUGUUUCAGGGUGGUAUGCCAAGACUGAGAUCAUCAGGAAACAGAGACAAUACUGCAGUAAGACCAUCGAUGCCUCCUACAACGGGGAGAUUACCAGCACCCAGCAGCCCAGCAGGAGGCAGACCCCCGCUCCCAUCUGCUGGACGACCUUCUCCUGGGAGGUCCGGACCCCUACCACCUUCGUUUCGCUCUCCCAGCUCACCCAGCUCUCCCAGCUCUCCCAGCUCUCCCAGCGGCCCACCGCCUCUACCUGGAGGUCGACCGUCAAGUUCCUCUCCUUCUGUUCCACACCCCAGCCAGCCGGGCAGACGUCCAAGCCUUCCUCCACCGAGGGAGUCCCAGUCUUCCUUCCCUCCACCCCCAAUGCCCGCAAGUUCCCGACCGCCAUUACCCACAAUCCCAAGCAGGCCCUCAGAUGACUUCCCUCCCCCUCCACCACCAACUGAAGGAAGAAGUGCGUCCUUUUCUCGAGAUGGGCCACUACCACCACCACCGCCAUCAACUGAGAGUAAACCAUUGAGUUCUCAGAGGCCUAUGGGUAAUCCACCUCCAUCCUUACCUCCAGCAAGAGGAGGGGCCCCACCCAUCCCACCAUCCCCACGGGACGAGCCCAACAUAAGAGGCCCUCCUAGAAACAGCCUUCCUCCUCCACCACCUCCUGGACGCUCGAGCCCACUGCCGCCACCACCCAGCGAGAGGCCAUCUCCAUCGGGAAAAAGCCCAUCCAUACGGUCAGGUCCUCCACCACCCCCACCCUCCGGAGGAGGAGGCAGAGGAGUAUCUCCCCCCUUACCUCCUUCUAAUCGUCCCGGUGGAUCAGGCAGACCCCCUCUACCCCCAGACCCUCCCAAAGUGCCCAGCUUCCCUCCUCCACCCCCUGACACCAUCAAUGGCUACCAGUGCCCUCCACCUCCCGCCACAGAUGAGUGGGGGAUGAGGUUUUCCUUCCAUCCUCUGUCUGAAUUUCCUCCACCAGAGCCGUACAUGUCCUUCCCCAAGACUUACCCCAGCAAAUCUGGUGGCAAAGGAAUGAGAGACAGAGGAGCACCACCCUUGCCACCACUUCCCAGAUAAAAUGCUUUGACAUUAUUUAGUGUGAGCUGGAUUUUCAUCUGCUGAAUGAGGAACUCGUUUGUGAAAAUAUUAAUGUUUUUAGCUUUUCAGUUAAAUUUUUUUAAAAUCACUUUUUCAUGCAUUUGAAUCCUUUAAGGGAAUUUUUAUAUCAUGGUACGUAUGUAUGUCCAGAUAUGGCGAUUAAAGUGCAUUCUGUCAUCA